GGGAUAUCAGAGCGCUCUACAGUCCAAGCGCCGUUUGUGGCUGAAACAACACACUUCUUCCUUUGGUUUGUUUUCACAUUUUAUUGAUCCUCGCCAAUGUCGAAGCCUCCUCCCAAGCCGGCCAAGCCAGGCCAAGUCAAGGUGUUCAGGGCAUUGUUCACCUUUGACCCCAGAACGCCAGACGAGCUGUACUUUGAAGAAGGGGACAUCUUGUACAUCUCCGACACGAGUGACACUAAUUGGUGGAAGGGGACAUGCAGGGGACGGACAGGGCUAAUUCCAAGUAACUAUGUGGCUGAGCAGGCCGAGUCUAUCGACAAUCCGAUGCAUGAAGCAGCCAAACGAGGUAAUCUGAGCUGGCUGAGAGAAUGUCUGGACAACAAGGUGGGGAUCAACGGUUUGGAUAAGGCUGGAAAUACUGCCCUCUACUGGGGAUGUCAUGGAGGACAUAAAGAUGUGGUGGAGCUGCUGUUAAACCAGCCCAAUGUGGAGCUCAACCAGCAGAAUAAGCUGGGGGACACCGUUCUGCAUGCUGCUGCCUGGAAGGGUUAUUCUGACAUUGUGGAGAUGUUGCUGAACAAGAAUGCUAGGACAGACAUCAAGAACAAUGAGAAAAAGCUGGCUCUGGAAAUGGCCACCAACGCCCAGUGUGCCUCACUCCUCAAAAGGAGGCAGGGAGGCAACAUCACCCGCACACACAGCAACGCUGAAGAGUAUUUGGACGACGAGGAUUCGGACUGAUCCGGCUCCCUCCGCUGAAACACUGUCUUCCAUUGGGUUCGGGGUGGGGGUGGGGGGUGGGGAGGUCAGAGAGUUUUAUUUUGGACC